ACAGCGGAGCAGCAUCAGAUCAUGGCAGCACAGCUGGAAGUUGUUGGUCUUCUUAAAGAGCCCCCUUUUCACAUCGCUAAAUGUGCAGCUGAGGAACUGAAAAAUACAUUCCCAGCUGAAUUUAAAAACCCCAUCUUGACUCCUUUGCUAGAAAGUGCUUGGCAUGACUACGUAAGGAGGAAAAAGAAGGAACUCAAAGGAGAAACCUGGGAGUUUUCCUCCAAAGUAAUGUGCUUCCUUGAUGGCAGUCUUCUAGGAGAUGAAAGAGACUUGUUGAAAUGGGCAAACGUUGCAUGGGGUUACACAGAUUAUAGACCUUUAGCUCUGUACAAUGCAUUGACUGAGGACUUUUUCUGCAAGCAUAUGAAAAGCACCAAACAUGUUUUCGUGUACAUGGACAUUGCAAUUCAGUCAAUACCUAUUGGAAGACUAUUGUUUGAGUUAUUUACAGAUAUAUGCCCUCUAACAUGUGAAAACUUUAAGACUUUGUGCACUGGAACAGCUGGCACCUCUCAAAAUGGUCUUAAAUUAUAUUACAAGGAUUGUCUCUUCCAUCGUAUUGUAAAAAAUGGCUGGAUACAAGGAGGAGAUAUAUUGUCCGGAAAAGGAAAUGGAGGUGAAUCUAUUUUUGGAGAAACAUUUGGAGAUGAAAAUUAUGCAGUAUCCCACAAUAAGCGAGGAAUUCUUGGAAUGGCCAAUAAAGGACGUCAUUCAAAUGGUUCACAGUUCUACAUCACUCUGCAGGCUACCCCAUACAUGGAUAGAAAUUUUGUGGCUUUUGGACAACUUAUUGAAGGUAGUGAUGUCCUCCAGAAAAUAGAAGACAUCCCAACAUACAAUGAGAGGCCAAAUCUGGAUUGCAAGAUUAUUGACUGUGGCAUUUUUACUCCGUGAAUGCAAUAUAUCUGUAACAUUUAUAGUGUUACUUUACAGAACAUCAAUACUACUACCGUCUUUAUACCAUCAGAAUAGCCCUGCAAAUGAUAUUACUUUACAUUAUUAAAAAGUUGUGCAGGUAUUCUUUAAAUCUGUAUAAUAUUUAAUGCUGAUUUAUCUAAGGUAAGCAAGAUGCACCAUUUUUUUUAAAUGUUAUAAAAAAUAUGUAUGGAUUACAAUGGUAUAUCAUGCAAUAUGAAAUAACAAAAAAAAUAUUAUUUACAAAAAAAGGGAAAAAUAAACACAGCAAAACUCUUACAUUACUUUCAGAAUCUAUACAAAUGAAUAAUAAAGCGUCAGUUAAACAAAACACUUUCCAGUAUAUACUUCCAGUAUCAAAAUGUGCAUCCUACUAAACAUGUGCAAAAGUGCACCGUAUAUGCAUUUUCUGAUUAGUUAAUGGCUGUCACAUGAUAUUGGAAAAUUGAAUUAAAUUUUAAAUUUGCCAAAAAA